AUGCCGCGCCCUCUGCGCAAGAGAAGCGAACCUCCAGCGCGACGUGUCAAAGUUCUUGACAACGAUGGCUGGACGCACAUCACAUCCACAAGGGCCACUACCACUCAGCCCCGCGCCCCAAAACCAAACGACCAGCUCACACCCGCAGAGAUCCCAGACGGGUUGACAUUCGAUAAAUUGAAAGAAAAAUAUGAGUGGCACAAGCAGCGGUGGCUAGAAUCUCAAAGCUGGGCCUCGGUGAAGGAAGUCUUAGAACUAAAUGUUAGCCGCAUGGCGGGAAACAUUGAAAAUUGUAUCUGCAUUGGGCUAGGGAGCCCGAGUGGACUUUCGCGUGGAGGAUGGGUAGAUCGCCGAAGUAUUUCUAUGUUUCAGCUUGUCGCGCUGGAAUCGAUACUAGGGCUUUUCUGUACGUUUACCAAUGUGCAAUUCUCGCCUUUCUUGUUGGAAAAUCGGGGGAAGAAGAAUGCUGAUGGUUAUCUGCCCUCCGUCAUGGCAUGUACAACAUAUGUAGCACGAGAAAAUAUUAAAAUUUCUGGAGGUGUCUAUGCUCAAGACCCUAUCUUCAAUGAUAUGGACAAGAAGCUCCUUAAAUCCAUUGGGCUCACUGUAGUUGAGGACCCUAAAGCUUUUUCAAUGGUUAAAACAAGGACCUUUCUAUAUGCUCCUGGUGCUGAAAGAAUUCACCUUGUGGAGCUACUUUCACAAAAUCCUGUAAUUUUGUUCGCCAACUCUUUGGACUCAACUCACUCGGCGGCUUUGGAAGAAGCUACUUUCCAACAAUUCAUCGACAAAAAAGAGUGCCUCUCGCUGCCGGAGUUUGAAUCAAAUCCAAACGCCUUUUAUAAGGCAACGAUAUACUGGCAAGGAGCAGAGAAAGCUGGGCACAGUCCAGCUUGA